AUACAGCGUCUUGUACACAUAGCCGGGCAUUUACAGCGUCUUGUACACAUAGCCGGGCAUUUACAGCGUCCUGUACACAUAGCCGGGGAUUUACCUCGUCCUGUACACAUAGCCGGGGAUUUACAGCGUCCUGUACACAUAGCCGGGGAUUUACCUCGUCCUGUACACAUAGCCGGGGAUAUACAGCGUCCUGUACACAUAGCCGGGGAUUUACAUCGUCCUGUACACAUAGCCGGGGAUUUACAUCGUCCUGUACACAUAGCCGGGGAUUUACAGCGUCUUGUACACAUAGCCGGGCAUUUACAGCGUCCUGUACACAUAGCCGGGGAUUUACCUCGUCCUGUACACAUAGCCGGGGAUUUACAGCGUCUUGUACACAUAGCCGGGGACUACUUGCACCGUCCUGUACACAUAGCCGGGGAUUUACCUCGUCCUGUACACAUAGCCGGGGAUAUACAUCGUCCUGUACACAUAGCCAAGGACUUACAGUGUCCUGUACACAUAGCCGAGGAUUUACAGCGUCCUGUACACAUAGCCGGGGAUAUACAUCGUCCUGUACACAUAGCCAAGGACUUUCAGUGUCCUGUACACAUAGCUGAGGAUUUACAGCGUCCUGUAUACAUUUGCCGGGGAUUUACAGCGUCAUGUACACAUAGCCGGGGAUUUACAGCGUCAUGUACACAUAGCCGGGCAUUUACAGCGUCCUGUACACAUAGCCGGAGAUUUACAUCGUCCUGUACACAUAGCCGGGAAUUUACAGCGUCCUGUACACAUUUGCCGGGGAUUUACUCUACAGCGUCUUGUACACAUUUGCCGGGGAUAUACAUCGUCCUGUACACAUUUGCCGGGGGUAUACAGCGUCCUUCACACAUUUGCCGGGGAUUUACUAAAGGACAUAUCUCUGUGUGUGCUACAGUACCGCCGAUGAACCCAUGCAUCAACGGUAAAGACAUGCUAGUCAGUGAAGAGUGCUGCCACGGGCAUGUCUUUGUUUUCUCUACGUGAACUUUUUUCCGCUUUACUGUAAACCUGCUCUCUUCGUCAGGCUCCAAAAUAAAUCUGGCAGACUUAGUUUCAAACACGACUCUAUGGCUGUCAAUUACUGACGCAGUAUUUGGGUUGGUGUUUUUUUUUUGCGUGGUGAUUUACUUGUUGGCUGUGUGCAGUGACGUUAUACUUUGUGGUUAUCUAUUUGCUGGUCUUUCGACUUUUUUAUCUCAUGGGUGCUAUGCCAUUGAACAUUUAGUGCAAUUAUUUACAUGAGGAAAAAAGCAUUUUCCACUAUGUUGUAAGUGUGCAAGUAAACCAUGAACAGCUAUUUGUACAAGAUGCUGGACCUGGGCUGUGCCACUGUGUACUGGCUGGGCUGUAGCUGUUCACACAGAAAGUACAGUGUUGUUCAUGAAAAUCCUCCAGCAGUCUCAUCCAGUGUAGAGAAUGAGAAUAUCCUGCGGACAACGGGGGAACGUUAUGAUGUUAUCUCUCCUGUCACUGUUCGCUUGCGUAACAAGCAGCGCAGACUCAGUGAGGAAGUGACGAAAAGGUUAUCCCUCCCUGCAGAUAUUCGUUUGCCAGAAAAUUUCUUAGCACGUCAGUCUUUGUCUCUGAGUCCUGAUGGUCAGCUCACUAGGCGGUCAAGAAGGAAAUCUUUGUCAGAGAUUGGGUUUGGUAAAAUUGAAUCCUACACAAAACUGGACAAACUAGGAGAGGGAACCUAUGCUACAGUGUUCAAAGGAAAAUCAAGGUUAACUGAUAAUUUGGUUGCAUUAAAGGAAAUUCGUCUUGAACAUGAAGAAGGGGCACCAUGUACAGCAAUCAGAGAAGUUUCCUUACUCAGAGACUUAAAACAUGCCAACAUUGUAACAUUACAUGAUAUUAUUCACACAGACAAGUCAUUGACUCUAGUCUUUGAAUAUUUAGAAAAAGAUCUCAAGCAGUAUAUGGAUGAUUGCGGGAAUAUAAUGAGCAUGACAAAUGUCAAGUUAUUUUUGUUUCAACUGCUCAGAGGCCUUGCUUACUGUCAUAAGAGGAGGGUAUUGCACAGAGACCUGAAACCUCAAAACCUGCUCAUCAAUGAGAGAGGGGAAUUGAAAUUAGCUGACUUUGGUCUAGCCCGAGCAAAAUCUAUACCGACCAAAACCUAUUCUAACGAAGUAGUGACAUUAUGGUAUCGCCCGCCUGAUGUUCUGCUAGGGUCAACAGAAUACUCCACACCCAUUGAUAUGUGGGGUGUUGGCUGUAUAUUUUACGAAAUGGCCUGUGGUAGGCCUUUGUUUCCUGGCUCUACUGUUGAUGAUGAGCUACAUCUUAUUUUUAAGACUCUGGGUUUACCCACUGAAGAGACUAUGCCAGGCAUCUCUAAGAAUGCAGAGUUUCUUGCUUAUGAAUUCCCCAAAUAUCAGGCAGACAGUCUUAUAACAAUAGCCCCAAGAUUAGAUUCUGAAGGCUUGGAAUUGUUAGGAAAAUAUUUAAAAUAUAACCCAGCCACUCGUAUAUCAGCUACAGAUGCCUUGAAACACACAUUCUUUGAUUCCUUAGGGCCAAAUGUUCAUAAACUUCCUGACACCGUUUCAAUCUUCACAAUCCCAGGAAUAUCACUCCAUAGGGACCCAGGGAUGAGAUCGUCCUCUUUAGCCAAUACAGGAAAACUAAGAAGACAAAGUAUGUUGUUUUGAUUAGACGACAGCUCUUAAAACUCUUCCAUUGUGAAAUUUCAAAAUUUAUAACCAAAAAAAAAAAAUUCUAAUCAAAUCCACUUGAACAGUUGAGAAAAAAGUUGAAUCAAAUCUUUGUGUACAUUAAACAAAUGGAUCUGUUGGAUUUAAAAAAACAAAUCAAAUGUUGCAUAUGGAUGAUCAUUUCUCCUAAGAUGAAGAAUCUCAGCCAGUACAUAAUCAUUUGAGAGUUGAUUAAAAAGUUUUGGCCAUAAAAUGAAUCAAUCUGGUUUUUUGGUUAUGGGCAUUUUUUUCUCACCAUGACUUGUGUGAAAUGUCUCAUGUAAUGAUUAUUUAUCGUUCAGCACUCAUUGAUUAAAGAAUAGAAUGCUCUAAUAAUAUAUUAGAAUACCAAUAAAUCAUUGACAACACAAAAUAAUUGCUGAUUCUUUCAAAAUUCUAAGAGAAUAGUGAUAUCGAUUAUAAAUAUUUACUUAAUGGCCAACAAUGAUUUUCCAACACAAAAGGAUUACCCAGACAUCUGAAAGCUACUUAAUCCAUCAAAAUAAACUUUUUUAUUAUGGCAACUCUAACAAAACCAAGUCCUGAUAGGUUGGCCAACAAGGAAGACUGAAGUAAAUGGUUGAUACAUCAAAAGGCACAACCUGGAUUUACCCAUCAUAAGGCUGGACUACAGUUAUCUAUUUCUCACUCUACAGUGAUUGAAUAUUUUACUGGUACUUAUAGAUUGUUUUUUUUGUAAAUGUUGAUUUUUAAAUGGUACAAUGUUACAUACCGGUAUAGGGAAGGAAAUGUAAUUAUGCUUUAUAGAAAUAAUGCAUUGCAAUGUUAUAAAAAAACGAAGAUUUAAAUUUUUAUUUAAACAAAGGGGUUAAAACCCUGCACCUGUACAUUUUCAUGUUGAUUGUCAAUACAAUUACAUCUUAUCUAUUUCUUAGAUAGUCUUACACUUGUUACUGAAGAUGUUAAGAUAUAUCGCAAUAAACAUCAUUUGUUUUGUUUCCGCUUUCAAACUCUGUCAUGUAUGUGCAUACAGCUGAAGCAAACUGGCUUAUUAUCACUAAGUUUGCAUUAUCAUUGCCUUCAAAAUUCAUCAUAGAAAUGGAUUUAAAUAUUAUGGUCACAAAUGAAAUAAUUCACUUUAGUAUUUUUUCUCUGCUCAACAAAGAAAACUUCCAAAUGUUAAUGAUGUCAAUCAAAGUAUUAGAAGCACAUUAGUCAAGCAGUUUCAUGUCUGUCAUAUCUCUUAACCACUUGUUGUUCAUGUGUGAUUGAUGUAUCCACUCUCACCUCCACUGUCAGUGAAUACAUUGUCACUUAUUAUCCUCUUUAGUUAUGUGUAGUUGUGGGACAGGAAAGAUAACUGCAGCAUGAAUAACUGGUAAAGGGUGGAUAACUGUAGUUAUGGGACAGGGUUAAUUAUUGUACCGUAACUUUAGAUCUGGGUCAUAACUGCAAGUGCUGUACAUAUGUCGGAGUGUGGCUGCUUUGUUGGACUGGUGUACAACUGAGGGGUGGGGAUGUUUGUUUCUAGUUGUGACAUGAUUUGGAAUGUUGGUAAAUAUUUAUACAAGGAAAUAAAGCACAUAAAAAUGUCUUUCUGAACUAUGUGGAUCAGUAUUUAACUGUCAUUGGUGCACUAACGUCAAUUAGCCUUUAGAAGUCAAACACUACUCAAGGCAAAAAUUUAUUAAAUUUGUGUUGCAAAUUUUUCUUUACAUCAAUAACAAAAAGCAUUACUUUAAUUUUUUUGGUAUUAAAUUCUUAGUUACUAACCAGUAGAGAAUCUUACAGAAAAAUAUUGCUAAAAGAUAUAUUUACAAAAAUGUACAUAAAUUUAGUUUUAUGUUUUGUCUUCAUUUUUGUUUAGUUUAGAUUAUAAAAGAUCACAUGAUAGAAAAUAAUCUUUAUAAGUCAUCCUUAUGUUUGAUGUAUAUACAUGUAUAUCAUUUUGUUAACAUUCUUCCUAAUAUUUAUACAAAUGUUUUGUUCCUUUAUUUCUAUACACUCUAAUGAAUGUUUAACUCAUACACAAGCUCUUUUUACUUUUUAAUGAUUGGAGAAAUAUAUCUAGUCUCAGAGAGCAACGGUGAUUUGUAAACAGGCAGUAGCUUUAGCCAUACCAACCAAAAAUGUCACUAUGCUUACCACAAAGUAUUGUUGAAGUUAUGUCCAAUAAAUUGUGCCUCAUUCAAAUAUGAAUUACUGGUCAUAGAUAACAAACAAUUGUGUCUUUCAAGUAAUGUAUACAACAUUCUAUAAUGCAGGAUUUUUUUUUUAACCUUUAUUUAAAAUUAUAGAGAAAAGUACCAUCUAAACUCAAAAGUUUUUCAAAAAUAUAAGACUGAAUUUUAUCAUUUUCUUUUUUGAAGAUAGAAAAAAAAAAAUUAAUUUGACCUAAAUUAACUAUUCAGUUAGUAAUUUCCUUAUUGUAGCAAUUUUAAACAACAAGGUGUGGUUUUUUAUUGUGAAAACAAAUCUGUUCACACUGUUUGUUGUGUUUUUUUUUUGUACGAAGACUUAGAUUUAGUUGCUAUCUUAUAACAGUAUAAUUAUCUCUAUAAGUGAAAGCUAGCUGUGCAGUAAAAAACGUAAUUAUCAACAAUAUCAGAAAAACAUAACAACAGAAUCGCAGUGCCAUGAAUUGACUCCUAAGCUUGUAAUGUGGAACUUGCUGUAAGUAGAAAAUUCUGUAGUAGUAGGCGUUCAUGAGAUUUUGUUGAAUCAAAUUUUCAUUGUGCCAUAAAAUUAAACUGGUCUCAAAAACAAGUUUGUCACUUUUUU